CGAUGCGUACAAGUGGCUGGUGUUAAAUUACGAUUGUCUCGGUUAAUCCACUCCAAAAUACAAUUUUACACAUUUCGUAAUUCUUCCAAUUUAACAUGAGCAAGUUAACACUAGACCACACCUUGCAAGGACAUAAAGGUCGAAUCUGGGGUGUAGCAUGGCAUCCGAAAGGCAACGCAUUUGCUUCUUGCGGCGAAGAUAAAACGAUACGAAUUUGGUCGUUGUCGGGAAACUCCUGGACUACAAAGACUAUACUAUCUGAUGGACAUAAACGCACAAUACGUGAAAUUAGUUGGUCACCAUGUGGCCAGUACUUAACCUCGGCUAGCUUCGAUGGCACCACAGCGAUAUGGUCAAAAACGACAGGAGAAUUCGAAUGUAUCGCUACUCUAGAAGGGCAUGAAAACGAGGUGAAAAGUGUUUGUUGGUCACAUUCAGGGCAUCUUUUGGCGACCUGUUCUCGUGACAAGUCAGUGUGGAUAUGGGAAUUAGCUGGUGAAGACGAGUUCGAUUGUGCUGCCGUACUUAAUUCGCAUAAUCAAGAUGUUAAGCGAGUGGUGUGGCAUCCAAAAAAAGAAAUAUUGGCAUCCGCGUCCUACGAUAACACGAUAAAGAUGUAUGCUGAAAAUGCUGCGGACAACGAUUGGUAUAGCACCGCAACAUUGGAUUCGCACACCAGUACUGUAUGGAGCAUCGAUUUCGAUAUAGAUGGCGAACGUUUGGUUUCUUGCAGUGACGACAAAACGUUGAAAAUCUGGCGAGCUUACCAUCCAGGAAAUGAGGAAGGUAUUUACACGCCGGAUAAAGAAACUGUGUGGAAAUGUGUGUGUACAAUUUCUGGUGAACACUCGCGAGCAAUUUAUGAUGUUUCAUGGUGUAAAAAAACCGGAUUAAUUGCCACCGCAUGUGGAGAUGACGCGAUACGCAUAUUUAAGGAAGACGCAAACUCGCAAAAGAAUGAACCAACAUUUUCAAUGAUCACAUCAGAAGAUAAAGCGCACUUGCAAGAUGUGAAUGCGGUUAAAUGGAAUCCAGCUCAAGAAGGACAAUUAAUUUCCUGCAGCGACGAUGGUACAAUAAAGAUAUGGAAAUUUAUUGAGUAAAUGAUAAGGAAUUCUAAAUAGAAAAAUAUUUAGGAGAUGUACUUUAUUUUAUUCAAUAAAUAUAAAUUUUAUGGUUCUCA